AUGGAUGUCCCGUGGAUUAUAUCAGGGUCAGAAGAUGGCACGAUCAAAAUCUGGGAUCGAGCUACAAGUGAGUGCAUCGCGACACUCAUAGGCCACACCGGUGCCAUACAAAGCUUCGCAUGGUCACCUAUUGUCCAAUCACUGGCAUCUGCAUCAGACGAUGGCACAGUCAAGAUAUGGAAUGUGGCCACGGGCGAGUGCAUAUUGACGUUCAAUAAUCACAUCGGUGGUGCUAAUGGGGUUGCCUGGUCUCCCGACGGCAAACGGCUCGCAACCUCAGACGACAACACAAUCAAGAUCUGGAAUCCAGCUACGAAGCAAUGUGUAUUCACACUAGGUGGCCAUGGCAAUCGUAUCAAUUCCAUUGCUUGGUCACCAGACGGUACCGAGCUCAUCUCGGCAUCCGCUGAUAACACUCUCAAGACCUGGAGCUUGGCUACAGGCCAAUGCAUUACAACUUUUGAGGGACACAGCGAUGAAGUUCUUUCAGUUGCUUGGUCGCCUGAUACAGUGCACAUUGCUUCGGGUUCAAGUGACAAUAGUGUCAAAGUAUGGGAUGAAGCUACAGGCAAUUGCACCGUGACACUCAAUGGCCACAGCUCUGCUGUUCGCUCUGUCGCCUGGUCACCUAACACACUUCGUCUCGCAUCGGCAUCAUUGGAUAACACUAUCAAGAUAUGGGAUACAUCGUCAGGGCAAUGCACAAUCACACUGGAGGGCCAUGAACAGUCUGUCACGGAAGUUUCAUGGUCCCCCGAUGGGGCCUGGCUUUUAUCGGCAUCGGACGAUAGAACUCUCAAGACAUGGGACGCGGUUACGGGCCAAUGUUUAUCAACGCUUACGGGCCAUGAAAGCCCAGCCAAAACGGUGCUCCCCGUGACAAAGAUUAGCAAGCUACCUCUCGGCCAACUCAGGUCGUUGCUCCCGAGCAAGGACGAGGAAGAGAAUGCCACAGUGAUCGCAUCGGGUUCCCAAGACCAAACAGUGAAGCUGUGGGAUCCAGAAACUGGUCUCUGUCUCAAAACACUGGAAGGCCACACGAAGUCAAUUUCCUCGGUGGCAUGGGCUCCCGAUCAGAAGCAUCUCGCAUCUGCAAGCUGGGAUGCAUCAGUCAAGAUUUGGGAUUCCACAACUGGCCUUGCCAAGUUCACGCUCCAGCAUAACCUUUCUGUCGGCUGCAUUGCUUGGUCCCCUGAUGGCACUAAACUGGCUUCGUCUUCAGGCGAUGGAAACGUUUGGCUCUGGGAUAUAACCUGGGACACAGAUGUGGCUCCGCAAUCUACCAUCCUCAUCAACACUGGAAAUGGCACAACGCUUCUGGCCUGGUCCCCAGAUGGCACUCGACUCUUAAUGGCGGCGCCGACGAGUUACAAGCUGAGAAUCUGGUAUUUAGCUACUGGUGAGAGCUCUGUUAUCGACCUAGACGUGGACCGCCGAGUCGAUUCCAUUGGCUGGUCACCCGACUCUAAGCUCUUCGCAUCCGGAGGUAACGAUAAUGAAGUUACUAUAUUUGAUGCAGAUACGAAAGAGAAGAAAGUAGCUCUCAAGGGUCAUCGAGGUUCGGUUCUUGGACUCUCAUGGUCUCCUGACGGUACCCAAAUGGUAACGGGAUCACAAGAUCGUACAGUCAAAGUAUGGGACCCGAUACAUGGUGACUGCCUCUCAACAUUGGAGGGACAUUCAAAAUUCAUCGAGUCUGUCUCUUGGUCUACAGAUGGGAAAAGAUUUGUCUCGGGAUCACGAGAUUACAGAGCUAAGAUUUGGGACGAAGGUGAAGGCAAGUGCAAAGCGACACUCGAAGGGCAUACUGGUGAGAUUUGGUCAGUUGCUUGGUCAUCUCAUCCCAAGCCACCUCCUCCGCCACCUACUCCAGGGCCUGACCCUGACUCCGGCUUGGUUCGGUGGAUGCGAGUGUUCUUGGAUCUGCAAAAACGCCUACAUGCUUUGGAGUCGAACGUCGAUGGCCUUGUCGAUUCGAGUGUCAAGGCAGCACUAGAUUCGAUUGCAAAGGGCCUAGCCAAGUUCAAUGAGCUCAUCGACCUUUGGCCUGACUAUACUGGAGACGAUGAAACCAACGAAAAGCGCAAGGCCAUCAUUCAAAUAGCCACAGAUCUCAUCCAGGUUGGUGCCGGCUUUGUGACUGGCUCAGGGACAGAUGAUGGGGUAAUUCCCAAGUUGAACGGCAUUGAACAAGAACUGAAGGAGAAGAAGGCCAAGUUUUACCAAGAGACGGAGGACGAGAAAACCGAAAUAACAUCGUUGGAGGCAGACAUUGACACCGCUAUAGACAAGAUGAAUACCGACCAAAAGGCGUACGAAGAAGCUCAAGCCAUAUUGCUUGCAAAGAUAGAGGAGAUUUCUCUAGAGGCUGCCAUGCAGCGCCAGGCAUCACUCAAGAAGAAGACCGUUUUGGAUGGUGUAAAUUACACAUCACUUCUUGAAGGCAAUGGAACGCUGGACGACCUUCAACAAGCCGGCGAAUUGGCCUACUUGAUUCUAGACAGGGCUCAAAACAAGGUCCGUAACCUCGAGUUCCAAGUGCAAGCCCUGAAGCGCAUCCAGAAGAAUCGGCCCAUGGUCGAGCGAGCGAUUGGUAGGGCAGAAAGGCUCAUCGCCGUUCUGAGAAUGAUGACGCAGGGGUUAACCAAUGAAGACGGUGCUAUUCUGGCCGUGGUCAAUCUCAUCUUGCCCACCAUCGAAAAGCUCAGCAAAGUGGGUGAGCCGCCGUACACUCGCCCACAUCGUAGCAGCGAGGAUGAUUUGUGCACUUAUAUCUUGAUGAUUCACAGAGAGUCUCUUAUUGACGUGGCUUUUGUCGAAAGUGCCAGGAAGGCUGUGGCUCAAGUAAAGGAUUGGUUCGAUGAUGACAUUCCGAAGAAGACUCAGGAUGAGAUCGAUGCGAUUGUCAAAAACCCUCUGUACUGA